CACACCUUGUCCACAAUGGCGGUCUCAAUUCGUCCAAGUUUUACAGGGUAUGCGUUUCAAAGUCAAGGACGGGUUAAUCAACUAGGUGGCGUCUUUUUCAACGGCCGACCGCUGCCCAGUCAUAUUCGCUUAAAAAUUGUAGAAAUGGCUGCUGCUGGGAUCAGACCUUGUGUGAUAAGUCGAAAGCUCAAGGUGUCUCAUGGAUGUGUGUCGAAAAUUUUAAACAGAUAUCAGGAGACCGGCAGUAUUCGACCAGGUGUUAACGCGGAAAAUAAACCCAGAGCGACCUCUCCUGACGAGAGGCAAAAUAUAGAAGAUUCUCAGAGGAAAAAAACGUGCAUUUUUACUUGGGAAAUAUGUGAUCGCUUGAUAAAGGACGGAGUAUAUGACAAAAAAUCAACUACCAGUGCGAGUUCUGUUAGUCGACCCCACCGCGGAGGAAUACAGUUGGAAGACGCGGAUGACUAUAAUGGCGAUAGUGAUGGAAGCAAAAAGGCUGACCACAGUAUUGACGGGAUUCUGGGUGGCAACAAUAGCAAUAAUAACUCUGAUUAUAAACCCGAAUCAGGCAUUCCACUCAAGAGAAAGCAAAGACGUUCCCGAACCACUUUUACCAUGGAACAGCUUGAGGAUCUAGAGCGUACUUUUGAAAGAACUCAGUACCCGGAUGUGUCCACAAGAGAAGAGCUGGCCGAGAGAACAAAGCUGACCGAGGAUCGUGUACAGAUAUGGUUCAGCAAUAAAAGGGCACGAUGGAGAAAACAGCUAGAGAAACACCAUGUGACAAACUUCUGUUCUGCU